CCCACCACGCGGUUUGUGGGAUCCAAAAAGCAGAUUUGGCGUUUCAAAACCGCGUUUCUUUCAAUUCCUUUCCCCCUUUUCAUCGUUCUUUAAAACCCUUCUCUUCAAAUCCCUCCUUCUCUGCACCUUCCUCCUCCUUCAACAAUGGAAUCCGUGAUGAACCUUCUGUUCUUGGCGGUUUUGUUCGUUGCUGGGUUUGUCAAUUUCCUCAUGUAUUUCCCCACCAAGAGAUUCACCGCUUGGUUCCAAUCUAUAAAACCCUCUCCCCAAUCUGUCCAUUUCAAACCCACCGCCGUUCCUCCGCUGUCUCCGGCGCCGGAGAAGAAGAAAUCAGAGAUGAAGAAGGUGUUUGGGACAUUUGACAAGAACAAAGAUGGGUUCAUAACGAAGAAGGAGCUGAUGGAAUCGCUGAAGAACAUGAGUAUGAUGAUUACAGAGAGGGAAGCAGAGGAAAUGGUGAAAGGGGUGGACGAAAAUGGAGAUGGGUUGAUUGAUUUUGAAGAGUUUUGUGUUUUGGGGGAGAAAUUGGUGAUGGGUUUUGAAGAAAAACAGAGGAGGGUUGAAGAUGAAGAUGAAGAUGAAGAUGAAGAUGAACUGAGAGAGGCUUUUGGAGUGUUUGAUAAGGACAAAGAUGGAGUGAUAUCAGUGGAGGAAUUGGGCUUGGUGCUGUCUUGUUUGGGGAUGAAUGAAGGGAAGAAACUUGAGAAUUGUAAGGAAAUGAUCAAGAAAGUGGACUUGGAUGGGGAUGGAAUGGUGAAUUUUGAUGAGUUUAAGAGGAUGAUGAGAAGUGGAACAACUCUGGUUUUCAAUUGAUUUAUAGAGUUCUUACUAUUUCUACACUAAAUUUGUUCAUAUGCUUUGCUUUUUCAUUUCAAAUUCUCUUAGAGCAACACAUUUUCUACUGAUUUCUUCUGUAAAUUUGUGCCCCUCCCUCUCUCUGAUAUGAAGUGUAUGGUAGGAUUCAAGUAUAUAUAUGAUAUUGUCGACUUUGGACAUAACCCGUUUGUGUUCGUGCCCAUGAUUCCUAUAGAGUGAAAGAGCUGUUCGGUGA